UACUUUCCUUUUAGAAAAACUAAGAAAAAAAAAUUAGAAGAAAAUGCCUCGAACCAGGAGAGCCGCGAGAAAGAAAAAGAAUGAAAAUGCAUCAGAGAAGGCGAGCGAGAUAGCAGAAGUGACGCCCAAAAAUCUACUGAACUUUGUCAUAAGAGACUUGCAAGCACAGAUGCCACGUACAAUAGAUCUGGCCAUUAAAAGGUACGAGAGAGAGGCUCUAAAGUGUGUUAGACAGUUACCGGACAAAUCGUCUUUUCCUCCAGAAAUAUGGAACAUGGAACUAUCAGAAUUUUUACUUAGAGGAGGUGAUAUGGAAUCAGCCAUGCAAUCAUUGAGAGUUGAUAAAAUGAAAGAAUUCUCAGUAGCACAAGAAGAAAAUGAAAAAGAGAACCACCUGGAAAUUGAAAAAGAGGCGGAGCCUCCUCCUUCAGUUGCUAUGUCAACAAGAUUAAGAUCGUGAGUAAUCUAGCAGUAAAACUUCUUCAGUUUUGGAGUUAUGUAUUAUUAUUGUAAAUAUUAAAAUUGAGAAUUCUCGCCUUUUUAUUUUUGGGAAAACUUGGCUAAUGACCCUGUGCUAAAGUGGUACAACUUGAUUUUGGAGCAACUUUAAAAAUUCAUAAUAAAUCUAAUUUUGAUCAGAAUCAGCUCAAACUUUCUAUCCAAUGUAGUGAAUGUACUUAUAAGAACAUGCAUGUAUCAAG